GAUUUCCCGGGGAGGUCCUCUCUGGGCCCCCGGCGGAGGUGGGGGAGAGGCGGGCUGGAGCCGAGACCAGGGAGCCCUCUGCGUCAGCUGCUGCUCACUGCGCCGCUCCAGUACCAGCCAGGACUCACCCGCAGCUCCAUGCUUGUGCCCGGCUCGACUCGUCCAUCCUCGGAGAAGAGGCAGCCCAUGAGGCUCCCAGUCCCCAGUGAGUGCCGCCCUGAAGGAUGUCCCAGCUCUCCUCCACCUUGAAGCGCUACACAGAAUCAGCCCGCUACACAGAUGCCCCUUACGCCAAAUCAGGCUAUGGCACCUACACUCCCUCUUCCUACGGGGCCAACCUGGCCGCCUCCUUCCUGGAGAAGGAGAAGCUCGGUUUCAAGCCGGGCCCCUCAACCAGCUUCCUCACCCGUCCCCGUACCUACGGCCCCCCAUCCAUCCUGGACUAUGACCGAGGCCGCCCCUUGCUGAGACCCGACAUCAUCGGAGGUGGUAAGCGGGCAGAGAGCCAGACUCGGGUCACUGAGCGGCCUUCAGGGAGUGGACUCAGCGGGGGCAGUGGAUUCCCUUACGGAGUGACCACCAGCUCCCUCAGCUACCUGCCCGUGAAUGCCCGCGACCAGGGGAUAACCCUGACCCAGAAGAAGUCGAAUAGUCAAUCGGACCUGGCCCGGGAUUUCUCCAGCCUCCGGACCUCAGAUAGCUACCGGCUAGACCCGGGGAACUUGGGCCGCAGCCCCAUGCUGGCCCGCACGCGCAAGGAGCUGUGCGCCCUGCAGGGGCUCUACCAGGCAGCCAGCCGCUCCGAGUACCUGGCCGACUACCUGGAGAACUAUGGUCGCAAGGGCAGCACGCCUCAGGUGCCCACCCAGGCCCCUCUCUCACGAGUCCCUGAAGUCCUCAGCCCCACCUACCGACCCAGUGGCCGUUACACUCCGUGGGAGAAGAGCAAGGGCCAGACCCCUGUAUCCAGCCGCUCCAGCUCCCCCGGGCGAGACACCAUGAAUUCUAAGAGCGCCCAGGGUCUGGCUGGUCUUCGAAACCUUGGGAACACGUGCUUCAUGAACUCCAUCCUGCAGUGCCUGAGCAACACCCGGGAGCUGAGAGACUACUGCCUCCAGAGGCUCUACAUGCGGGACCUCAGCCACAGCAGCAGUGCACACACGGCCCUCAUGGAAGAGUUUGCAAAACUAAUCCAGACCAUAUGGACCUCAUCCCCCAAUGAUGUGGUGAGCCCCUCUGAGUUCAAGACCCAGAUCCAGAGAUACGCACCGCGCUUCGUCGGCUAUAAUCAGCAGGACGCUCAGGAGUUUCUUCGCUUCCUCCUGGAUGGGCUCCACAACGAGGUGAACCGGGUCACAGUGAGGCCCAAGUCCAGCCCCGAGGGCCUCGACCAUCUCCCUGAUGAUGAGAAAGGGCGCCAGAUGUGGAGGAAAUAUCUAGAACGGGAAGACAGUCGGAUCGGGGAUCUCUUUGUUGGGCAGCUGAAGAGCUCCCUGACGUGUACGGAUUGUGGUUACUGUUCUACAGUCUUUGACCCCUUCUGGGACCUCUCCCUGCCCAUUGCUAAGCGAGGUUAUCCCGAGGUGACUCUAAUGGAUUGCAUGAGGCUCUUCACCAAAGAGGAUGUGCUGGAUGGCGACGAGAAGCCAACGUGCUGUCGCUGCCGAGCCAGAAAACGCUGUAUAAAGAAGUUCUCCGUCCAGAGGUUCCCAAAGAUCUUGGUGCUCCAUCUGAAGCGGUUCUCGGAAUCCAGGAUACGAACCAGCAAGCUCACAACAUUUGUGAAUUUCCCACUAAGAGACCUGGACUUGCGAGAAUUUGCCUCAGAAAACAUCAACCACGCUGUUUACAACCUGUACGCUGUGUCCAAUCACUCCGGAACCACCAUGGGCGGCCACUACACAGCCUACUGCCGGAGUCCCGUCACAGGCGAAUGGCACACUUUCAAUGACUCCAGCGUCUCCCCCAUGUCCUCCAGCCAAGUGCGCACCAGCGACGCCUACUUGCUCUUCUACGAGUUGGCCAGUCCGCCCUCCCGCAUGUAGCAGCCAGGAGCUACGUCCUGUCUGCCCUUCCCCGUGGUAGCCCCACACCCUGAGUUUUUUAAAAAGACAAAAAAACAAAAACAAACCCUGACGUAUAAGAAAAAUAAAGGAAAAUGAAGCUGCCAGCAGGAGUUGCGGCAGCAUGGCCGGGAUCUGGAGGCGGGAGCCGGGCGCUCCGCAGCCGGCCUGGCAGGGAAGAUCCGCAAGACACAGGCCCAGCGGGCGCGGCGCCCCUCGGCUGUUUGCAUUUGCACACCCGCGGCUCGUUCCUGUGUGUGAGAAACGGCAACAUCUGUGGGGAGAAGACAGCACCUCGGCGCUGCGCGGCCGCGGCCUCCCGAGAAGACAGCGCCCUCUAGAGCCUGCGGGGAGGAUCGCCCCUGGGAGCUCCCCGCCUUCCUCACCUGGACCCCCGCUCACCGGUGCGGGAGCAAGGAAAACACCUGUGAGCCAAGAGCCCUCUUAACGCUGCUAACCCCAGGGGGACAGAUGAGGGGACAUCUUUGAAAAAAAAGCUGUUUUUGGUUUUUAGAAGCCCAACUUUUUUAAAAAAUUACCAUAACUAAAGUUUUCAGACUGGAGAUGCUCUCCUUGACACCUCUUCACAGCUGGGACGUCGUGCUGGUCAUUUUUCUUUCCUUUUUUUUUUUUAUUUUUAGUUCUUCAAAUACAGAUUUUCUAGUGCUAGCCCCCAGUGGUGCUAGGUGGGAGUUGGCCAGGCCCCAAACACAGCCACAGUAGAUCUGGGAUCUGACAAGUUUUUUGUUUGUUUUUUUAAUGUUUUGGAUGGAAUCUAGUUGCCUCCAAGAACUGUGCCUUAUAGCAUUUGGGGACCAGGGGGUGACUGCCCCUCCCUGAAAUAUCCCACAGCCUCUUCCCUUUUCCCCGGUGCCAUGUUCAGAGCCAUUGGAAAGCUCGGGGUCUUGCCCUCAGCCCCUGGCUCGUUUCGCAUCGCGGUGAGGUGAAGAGGAGAGUAGGUCAAAGAUUUCUGAUAGUAUAUCAAGUUCUGCCCACCUGCUUCCUCUAACCCGCCCCUGGUCUGCUCCCCAGCUGUUGGAAGGAUAGCACGAGCCCCCUACCCUGGAGCUUCUCCCCCCUUUAAUUUAUUCCCCCUUAACAAGCUCUCCUCCGCCUUCCUGCCCCAGCCCCCUUCUCAGAACCUCCUGGCAUAGGCCCUUUGGACCGAGUUUCUCAGGGAUGCCCGUGCCACCCCCCGGCUCCUCUUGGCAUCAGUCUGUAGUCCGGCCUGGGAGCUGGAGCCUGGAUGUUUGGGGACAUCUUGCCUCAAUUGUAUGAUUCUCUGCCAUGGGUGUGAUUGUGCCCUACACAGCUGGGCAAAACUCUAUGCUGUCCCAGGAGAGAAGCCCUUCAGCACCCAGGAACCGGGCUCUGGGCCUGGACCUCUCUGCACACCCACACAGCUGGGCCCUGCCUGUGUCCCUUGGAACCCAGGACUUUCCUGAGCUCCCAGGAGGCAUCCGGAAAAAAAUACACCCUGAGUUUAACUGGCCUGACACGCUUCUCCAGGGAAGACCUGUGAACCUGAGCCAAAGGGCUGGGGUACACUUGUUUACUGUGUAAGCAAGAGUAGAAUGUGUGAUGUACAGUGGAACCUUGUACAGAAUAAAUAAUAGCUUUGAGAGAUGA